UUCUAUCCUCAGGUCCCUGAGCUGAGUUCCCCAUACGAUAUAUAGCGUUUGUGAUAUCGUUGGAUGCAGGAGAGAACUUGCUGUUCAUUCUUCUAUUGAACCAACCAUGACACCAUCGAUCAUUGCAACCUGCAAACAGACUCGCUUUCAUCUUCUCAAUGACAAGCCAUCACAGGAGAUUGAUGUCGAGGGACUUACCAUUGCGGUCACCUCUCCACCUGAUCUCACAGAGGAGGCCCCCAAAGCAAAGGCAAAGGGCAAAUCAAAGUCCAGGGCUGAGGCAAAGGAACUUAUCUCCGAUGCGCAUUUACGCCUGAAGGCAGGUGUACAUUACGGCUUAAUAGGUCGCAAUGGGACGGGAAAGUCAACUCUUCUCCGGGCCAUGGCUGAUAAACUGGUGCCUGGAAUUCCACAUCCAACGCGGAUAGCGAUACUACAGCAGACAGACUCCGAAACCCUGGAAGGCCAGGUGUUUGACGAUGAGGUCAUGAAUAAGAACAACCGAAACAACACCGUUUUGGAAUAUGUCAUGGGUAGUGACAAUCAUAGGAAUGAUGUUAUUCGAAAAAUGAAUUUCUUGUCAAAGAGUUUUGAGACCGAAGACCCAUUGCAGCCUGUUAGAGGAAUUCGAAAGAUCCGUCAUGACGAGGUUGAGAAGCAACUCUUUCUGGCACAAAAGAAUGCAAGCCUAAAAAGUGGUGCUAGAGGUCUUCAAGCCCGCAAGGAGCUGAAAUCUGUUGAGUCAAAGCUUCAAACUUCAAAGGAGCUUUUGGGGCAGCCAAAGGAAGAUAUUGAUGUUGAAACAAUCAAAUCGGAGACGCAGGCUGCUAUGGAAACACUGCAAGAUCUACAAUCUCAGUUUGAAGCAAUGAAAGUCGUCGAUGUAGAACAGCAAGCUCGUCAAAUACUUAUCGGGUUGGGAUUCCAGGAGAAAGCACUCAGCAAAUCAUUUCUAACCAUGUCCGGUGGUUGGCGCAUGCGGUGCAUGCUAGCAAGUGUCCUGAUUCAAGCUCCGGAUAUCAUGAUCUUAGACGAACCCACAAACUUCCUUGAUUUACUAGGAGUCGUCUGGCUCGAAAACUACUUGAAGCAGUUGCGUGAUUCUUCCCCGACAACCAUGGUCUUAGUCUCCCACGACAGAGACUUUGUGAAUGCCGUCUGCGAAGAAAUCGUGAUCCUCCGCGACCAAAAGCUCACCUAUUUCAAAGGAAAUCUGUCUGUAUAUGAGAAGGACUUUGAAGAGCAGAAACUAUACUGGGGACGUAUGAAGGAAGCACAGGAGCGCCAGAUAGCCCACAUGGAAGCAACCGUGCGCGAGAAUAUCAAAGUCGGAAAGAAAACGAACGACGAUAACAAGCUUCGCCUGGCCAAGUCGCGGCAAAAGAAGCUCGACGACAGGAUGGGCAUCCAGGUCAGUGCGAAUGGGGGACGGUUCAAACUCAAUCGAGAUCUUGUUGGAUUUCAUCUGAAUGCACGUGCAGAAAUCGAGGUUCCGCAAGAUGAAAAGGGUGCUUCGAUCGCUUUGCCCGAUGCUUCUGAGCUACGUUUUCCGGGACCACUGAUAUCCCUAGAAGGGGUGACAUUCAAAUACCAGACGGGGACAGCCCCAGUGCUGAAGGAUAUUGAUCUUGUCAUACACAUGGGCGAUCGCAUUGGGAUUAUGGGUCUGAAUGGAUGCGGUAAAUCAACCCUGACUCGUCUUGUGGCUGGGGUCACCAUGCCGAGUCAAGGAAAAGUUUCUUCCCAUUCGCGGCUAAAGAUGGGAUACUAUGCCCAGCACUCGAUUGAAGAGCUCCAAGAACUCGGUCGGAGUGACCCAACUUUGGCAGCAUUGGGUGUGAUUGCGAAGGAUGUUGGGGGGUCGCUUAAUGAAGGAGAACAACGCGGAUUGUUGUCGUCUCUAGGCCUUCAAGGCAGGAUAGUUUCUGACGUACCGAUUCACCGGCUUUCUGGUGGUCAGCUUGUUCGACUGGCCCUGGCACGAGUCAUCUGGAACGCACCGCACCUGCUAGUCCUAGAUGAAAUCACAACCCACCUCGAUUUCCACACCGUGACAGCCCUCGCAUCUGCCCUAUCCACUUUUAAUGGAGCCAUUUUGUUAGUCUCUCACGAUCGUUUCAUGGUGCGGUCCGUGAUAGAGGGGAAACGAGAUCCAGAGCACAAGCUCGACGAGGAUUUUGAAGGCGUUGACGAAGAAUCGGACGAGUCGAAGAACCGACGGCGUGUUGUGUAUGUGAUGAGAGCGGGAAGCCUUAAAGUACAGGAACAGGGAGUGGAGCAGUUCGAGAAGAGUCUGGUGAAGAAAGUGCAGAAAAUGUUUCCUCCGAUAUAAAUACCUUGGUGAAUCCAAGUUCAAUGCUGGCUGAAUUAUUCCAACUUCCUUGGGUUAAAUGCUCCGGAGAGAGGACAGUUUUGAACAGUGGAUAGCAGAUGAAUACUCUGUAUAUAGCUUUAUUGCGUAUACCAGAGUAAGUCUUUAUAGCAGCAUAUUGUUGUUCUGGUUAGAAAGUCUUGCCAAUUUCCGAC